CACCCCCUCCAUGCCACUGUACAACCAGUAGCUCCCCUUACCAAGAGUUUCUAUGGAGAAUGCGGCUUCCCGGAAAUAUUAAUGCCCCAUCGUAUAGGAGUUUAUCUAAGGGAAACCCCACCUUCACCGCCCACACCCAUAUAUGUGCCUCCCCGUGCACUUCAGGUCAUACAUUUCAAUCCCUGUACCUUUAACCUCCUUGUUAAGUUUGUCUCUUCCAGAAUCGAAGCUGUAAAGUUACAAAUCGUUCUUCAAAUGGUGCCCCAGAUGCAACCCAUGACUAAGACCUACCACGGACCCCUGGACCGGCCUGCUAGCCCAUGCUCUAAUGUUAAUGACAUCGAAGACACCCCUCCUGAGAAAAUCUCAACUGCACAAUCCCUACUAUGCCCCAAUUCAGCAGGAAGCAGUUAG